ACAUUUUGUUCAUCCCAAAAAAUCUAUUCGCUCUUAAGGUUAAGGUGUGUUUGGUCGGAAGUAAUGGAAUGGAAAAGAAAAUCCGUUCCAUUCAAUUCCAUCAUUUGGUUUCAUCUUUUGGGUUGGAAAAGGCUUUCCUAUGGAAAGCCAAUUCACUCAAUUUGAGUGAAUACUCAUUUCUUUAGGGGGCCAAUGGAAAUGCUUUUUCAUUCAGGCUUUAUUUCCUUUUUGUCCAAAAUAUCCCCAUCUCCCUCUUGACACUUCCGCCAGCUCCAGCCCUGGUCUUUCUGGUGCUCCUCCAUCUCCAGCCUAGUUGUUUCCGGCGCUCCUCCUUGUCUUGUGCAGUCAACAAGAUAGGCUCUUCAGGAGAAGAAGAAGGGGGGAGAGAGAGAGAGACGGGACCUUGUAGUUAUCGAUUCUUGAAUUCGUAAGAGACCCAGUUGCUUCCGAGAAACACCCAUCUGAGCUCCGACCUCGGCGAGUCUUUUUUUUGCAGAUUUUCAAAGUUAUAUCUGAACGAAUCUGGGUGUUUCUAGAAGAUGGAGAAAGAACAGAAGACUCCAAGCGAUCAAGAAGGAGUGGAAGAGGAGGACACGGAAGCUCUAGAGCUUGUUCUCUUUCAAGUCUCUGAAUGUUAUGUCUACUUGAUACCGCCAAGGAAAAGUGCAGCUUCCUACAGGGCUGAUGAGUGGGAUGUAAAUAAAUGGGUGUGGGAAGGAGUAUUGAAAGUAAUCAGCAAAGGGGAGGAGUGCAUUAUCAGACUUGAAGAUAAGAAAACAGGCGAAUUGUAUGCUCGAGCAUUUUUGAGAAAUGGAGAGCCACACCCCGUUGAACCUGUAAUUGAUAGCAGCAGAUAUUUUGUUCUUCGUAUAGAGGAGAACAUCGGGGGUCGUCUUCGGCAUGCGUUCAUUGGCAUAGGUUUUAGAGAAAGAACAGAAGCUUAUGACUUCCAAGCAGCUCUGCAUGAUCACAUGAAAUAUCUGAACAAGAAGAAGACCGCAGAGGAGAUGGAACAACAAUUCCAGAAAACAUCUUCAGUUGAUUACAGCUUGAAAGACGGGGAGACACUUGUUCUACAAUUGAAGAACAGCAAAAUUGGUCAAAUUGUGAAGUCCAAGUCUCUCGAUCAGGCUUCGAACACUUCAUCACCUGAGAACAAGGGUACCCAAAAAGAGAUUAAGAUCUGUAUCGAACCACCGCCUCCUCCCCCAGGCCCGCUUUCGCCUUCCGCCACCGCUCAGAAGUCGCCAUCAAACUCGCCGACCAAGUUCAGUGUCGAGGCAGCUUCUAAGCAUGGCACCUCGGAAUCAACGAAACAGGAUUUUAAGGAGGCAGAUUCUUCUGAAAAUCAAAGUACACAAGAUAUACCGGAUGACGAUUUCGGGGACUUUCAAACAGCUGGUUAAUAUGAAAUUAUAAUAAACGGGAACAUGUUCAUACUCUUAAGUCUAAUACCUUGAUUUUUAAUGUGGUUUCGCUGUUUUGGUCCAUAUUGUAUACUGCUGGCUGAACAUUACCUAAUGUGAAGUUACACUUUUUUUUUUUUUUGGACCUAAUGUGAAUUUACUUUUCGAGACCGUUAAUUUUGCCCACUCGAGACGAGUCACUUGUAAUUUAUUUUCAGAUUAACACUUUAAACUCGUUCUUAAUUGGACAAGAAUGUUAUUGUGCUUUGUGCAAUAUAUAUAUAUAUUAGAAAAGUGAAAGCAAGGGUCCAAUUUUGAGCAGGCCACAGAUCAA